UGCCGCUCCAUGAGGUACCCGGAAGGGAGCCGGUGGGCAUCAGCAUGCCCGUGCAGCUGGCAUGGCAGGCAGAAAUUCAGCAGAUGCUGAAUUCAGCAGGUGAGAAGCGGAGGCUCACCUGUCCUGGCCAGGUGCGGAAGCCCUCGGCUAGUCGUCGGAGAAGAAAGUGAGGAAGCUCUGGAUGGCCGGCUUUUGCUCGGAGGGGCCGAAGGAGUGGCCGAUGGAUCCAUUUCGGGUAGCCCAGUCUCCACCAGCAGCCUAUUAUAUUCCAGACUUCAUCAGUGAGGAAGAAGAGCAAUACCUUUGGCAGCAAAUUUAUAAUGCCCCCAAGCCCAAGUGGACUCAGCUCUCUGGCAGGAGACUGCAAAACUGGGGAGGGCUGCCCCACCCGAAGGGGAUGUUGGCAGAGAAAUUACCCCCCUGGCUGCAGCGUUACGUGGAUCGAGUGUCUUCCCUUGGGGUCUUUGGAGGAAAACCAGCCAAUCACGUCUUGGUGAACGAAUACCAACCUGGGCAGGGCAUCAUGCCGCACGAAGAUGGGCCGCUGUAUUAUCCCACCGUUACCACCAUCAAUCUGGGAUCACAUACCCUCCUGGACUUCUACCACCCGGUCACCGGAGAAGCCCCCCCCGAAAGCCAAGAGAAUUCGGCCCCGCAGACCCAGGAGGAGCGCUACGCCUUCUCCUUCCUUCUGAAGCCCCGCAGCCUCCUGGUCUUGCAGGAAGACAUGUAUGUGCGCUACCUCCAUGGCAUCCGCCCCGUCUCAACGGACACCGUGACGCAGGGAGUGGCUAACGCCGGCCUGUGUGGCUGCGAGAUUGGGGACACGUUGCCACGUCAGACCCGGGUCUCCCUCACCAUCCGCCACGUCCCCAAAGUGCUGAAAACGUCCAUCAUCCUCGGCCGGAGGAAGUGACUGGCGUUUCGCCUGGCGGAGUGGCGCCCCCAGGAGGCGGUGAGAGGGAAGAGCUGUGAGCCCCCCUCACUCAAAAUCACCCGCCUUGGGUAUCUCUCUGCAGCUUCAAAGAGAAAUUGGCAUGCUUGGGCCCAAAAAAAUGCUUCUUCUUUUUUCCAGCAUGCCAAAACUAUGCAAAUAAACUCUCGAGAAUUGUGCACAGUUUAUUCGGCAUUUCCUAAUUAGGUCAAGGAUGAAACGAUUUCAAAGCUUUGCCCUCCAGCUGGUGUUCAAACGUUUUCAAGAAUUAAACGUUCUCCAGGUGUUCCCAGAAAAUUAUGUUUAUUAUGUCAGGAAGGAAAAAAAUUGUUUU